GCGCAGGGCGCACAGUUCCGACUAUCCCAAAGUUCUUUACUGAUCUCUCCCUCUGGAUGAACCCUGAGCGAGCGAAUACUAUCCUGAUCAGAGGCAAGAAAAGCGAUGGGCUGGAUGCACUUGCUCACACUGCGUUUUUAAAAGUGGUCACUUUUGUAGGUUCGGAAGAGCGCGCCCAGUCGAGCUCGGAGCCUAGGCGAUCGAACACUUCUUCUGCGACGCCCACCGAGUCCUCCGGCCGCAGCCACACCACCCCUCAACCCCGGACACCCAGCACCAUUCAGCGCGAGGCUCUUUCACCAGACAUGCCCUGUGUGCAGGCUCAGUACGGGCCCGUCCCUCCAGGCUCAGCCUACUCAGGCCAGUCCUUUGGUUACCAGGGCGACAGCUACAGCUCUGACCUCAUGACCUCUGACUACACCAAGCUUGACCUUGGUGGCGGGGACAUCUCUGCUGCGGCCGCCACCACCUCCCUCCCCAGCUUCAACGUGUUUGUGGAGGGGAGCUAUGAGCCCAAGUCGUCGUGCCUGUAUCAGAUGCCUCCUCACAGGACCACCAUCAAGAAGGAGGAGGAGAGCUACCCGACCGCUCCGCCCCUGGAGGCCAUGUCCUCCACCAUGUACUUUAAACAGUCCCCACCCUCCACCCCGACGACACCAUCCCUGCCACCCCAGCCCGGCACCUCCUUCCUGUGGGAGGAGCACCCCCUUGCCCCUCCGUCACACUCCCACUCCAUGGGCUCCAGCCUGGAGACAGGCGGUCUAAAAUCCCCCCGGUUUCCACAUUUCUAUCAGCACUCGCCACCCCACAGCGGCAGCAGUAUCGGCGGCUACGAGGGUCUGGGUGGAGGACUUGUUCGCACCUCAUCCUCUUCCUCCUCCUCCUCUUCCUCGGUCUCCCAUCCUCACGGUCCGCCCCUGGAGCAGCCCAUGUACCAGCUUCACCGUGGUGCCGGGGGCAGCAGCCUUGCCUUCCGCUCCCUGGCUCUUGGGCCCUGUGGCCCUCUGCUAGGAGACGGCCUGCCCUCGCCUCCCCAGCGCGGCCCCCCAGGAGAGGGCACCUGUGCGGUGUGUGGCGACAAUGCGGCCUGCCAGCACUACGGCGUACGCACCUGUGAAGGCUGCAAGGGCUUCUUCAAGCGCACUGUGCAGAAAAACGCAAAGUAUGUCUGCCUGGCCAGUAAGAACUGCCCUGUGGACAAGAGGAGACGCAACCGCUGCCAGUACUGCCGCUUCCAGAAGUGUCUGAGUGUCGGCAUGGUGAAGGAAGUGGUACGCACAGAUAGCUUGAAGGGGCGACGAGGCCGUCUGCCUUCCAAACCAAAGAGCCCCCUGCAGACAGAAGCGUCUCCUCCCUCUCCUCCCCUCAGCCUGCUGUCCGCUCUGCUCAGGGCUUAUUCCCACUGCACGCCCCGGGACCUCGACUACAGCCAGUUCAGUGCUGCCGACCCUCCCUCUUCCUCCUCAGAUGCAGAGCACAUCCAGCUCUUCUACAGACUGCUCACCGUCUCGAUGGAGACCACGCGAUGCUGGGCGGAACGGCUUCCCGGGUUCUCCGAGCUUCAGCGUGAUGAUCAGAACCUCCUCAUAGACUCUGCCUUCCUGGAGCUGUUUGUCCUGCGGCUAGCUCACAGGUCCAUGCUGUCAGAGGAUAAACUCGUGUUCUGUAACGGCUCGGUGCUGCACAGGUUCCAGUGCCUUCGGGGGUUUGGAGAAUGGCUUGACUCCAUCCGGGACUUCUCCACUCACCUCCAGAGCCUAAACUUGGACGCCUCCGCCUUCGCCUGCCUGGCCGCACUUGUACUGCUCACAGAGCAAGUCCCAGGUCUGAAGGACUCAAAGCGGGUGGAGGAGCUGCAGAAUAAAGUCAUUUGUUGUCUCAGAGACCACCUGGGCUGCAGUCCUUCUUCUUCUUCCUCCUCCAAGGCCACUCCCCCUCUGAGUCGUAUUCUGGGUGUAAGGGCGGAGCUACGUUCCCAAAGGACCCAGGGCCUUCAACGGAUCUUCUACCUGAAGCUGGAGGACCUGGUACCGCCCCCUCCCUUGAUUGACAGGUUCUUGGACACUCUGCCCUAUUGAAGGUUCUGGACUGACCACACAGAGAAAAACAAAGUCACAUCCUGCCCCCCCCCUGCAGGAGCACGCGCACAAAUCCAAAAGAGCGAAACACUCCCCUCUGGCUGAUGCUGAGCAGAGAUAGCCAAUCAAAUGCUUUCUACUCAAUAGGAAAACCAAUCAAGAAUGGUUUUCACUCAAAUGGACAAACCAACUAAAUGCUUUUCACCAGUGUAGAGACAAUUACUCGAAUGCUUUAUUACUUUUUAUGUGAUCCUGUUUUCAUCAUGUGGGGGAGUAAAACAAGGCUGAGAUGGACGAUGGAAAGAAAAAGGCCUUUUUACUGUCCUCUCACCGUCUGGGUGUCUGCUCACCCAGCAAAAAAAAAGAAAGAACACCAUGGUUAAUUAGCCCUGUUUAUCUGUUUGUUGGCCUGGCUCAUGCAGUCUUAGGACUUCUUUGGAGGAAAGAGGGAAAGGGGAGGUGUCAGCGUGAAUGACUGUUUUCAGAUCUGAAGACAUCCCAGUAAAGCACAAGUUGCUGUGUAUUCCAGUUCCUCUUAAAGAGAAGGAAAUAUUUGUUCUUUUGACAGUGAAAAGUCAGAUGUCGUACUGCGCAGACGUGCAGAAACACAUACUUCAUAAACACAUGGAAAUGGCUGUUGAGUUGAGCUCUUGAUUCCAAGUGCAAUUUCUUAAGUGCUAUCUCACGACAAAAAGGAAAAGAUGGAGAAGAACCGGUUUAAUUUUAAACUCUAAAUUAUUUUAGUAAAAAGUUCUUUACUGUCGGUAGCUAAAACAAAGAGAGACAGUCUCUGCCUGGUUUUAGACAGCAGAGGAGAAACUGUGCACUAACGAUUGAUGACUGAGUCACACAGACUUGAACUUGCUCUUUUAUGUUUUUUAUUAUUAUUAACUUGUUUUUAAAUCAUAGGUCGUGUAGGGGUACAGAGGUUUAAAGAUGGACAUGUAAAUUGGCUUUUGAAGCACUUAUUCCCUGAGAAGGGCUAGAAGCACAGACACACACCCGAACCUGCUCCCCUAGAUGACGGCGGGUGAGUCUGGGGAGAGGAGGGUGCUCGACAGAAAGCUGUACGUCCAGGGGUGAAACAUUCCGCAGUCAUGCUCUUUUUCUAUUUGUUUCUAAUGUGAUGGAGGCCGUGUGAGAGAGUGGAGGACAACCUGUCUUUGUGUGUACGCUUAGAGAAGUCAGGAUCAUAUGCAUGGUGUGUCCAGAGCAGCCAUAGCCCGUCAAAACAGCUCCACUUGUGUUUGUGUCCCAGACUGCGGCUCUAUGUGGGGAUCUCCCCUGGCCUCCACCACCCACUCACACACUCACGGCAGCAGUUUGACAUAUGAAAAUAUCAAAUUAUAUAGAUAUAAAUAUAAAUAUAUAUAUACAAAACUAAUAUUUUGAAGUGUUUUUAGCUUUUUCAAAUAUUGUGGUACGAGUUGUGCAUUGUUUUUUGAAGAAGAGAAACAAAAAAAAGAAAAAAGUUGUUGUUUUUCAAUGUCCUUUGGUUUGAGUUUCCUUUUCAAUUUUUAUUUUUUUUCUUUCUCUUUGGUUCACUGGAUUUUCUGUUCAGCACUUUGAAAUCAUAAACUAGUUCUGAUCA